AUGCAUCAUGAAAAGAUGAGGCCAUGGGCGCCGUUUCAUUUCUCAGAAGCUAAGUCAGUGCAUUCAGUGCUUGUUGAGCCAAUCUGCCAGUCCGACGUGCCAGGCGCUAUUUUAGGCGCUGUCAGCAGGCGCCUUACGGUCCAGGCUUUCAUAAGGCUGGCGUUGUUGAAGGAGCAGGCAGACAACAAGCAGGUGAUGAGCGAGGGAGAGAAGCCUGCUACUGCUGGGGUCCAGGGAAGGAGCGGGGCAUUUUCCGAAGUGGUCCUAGCUGAAGAGAAGGCAACUGGAAAACUCUUUGCGGUGAAGUGUAUCCCCAAGAAGGCACUGAAGGGCAAAGAAAGCAGCAUAGAGAAUGAGAUUGCGGUCCUGAGAAAGAUUAAGCAUGAAAACAUUGUGGCCCUGGAAGACAUCUAUGAAAGCCCAAAUCACUUGUACUUGGUCAUGCAGCUUGUAUCUGGUGGAGAGCUGUUUGACCGGAUAGUGGAGAAGGGAUUUUACACAGAGAAAGAUGCCAGCACUCUGAUCCGCCAGGUCUUGGAUGCUGUCUACUAUCUCCAUAGAAUGGGCAUUGUCCACAGGGACCUCAAGCCUGAGAACCUCUUGUACUACAGUCAAGAUGAGGAGUCCAAAAUCAUGAUCAGUGACUUCGGAUUGUCCAAGAUGGAGGGCAAAGGAGACGUGAUGUCCACAGCCUGCGGGACCCCAGGCUAUGUCGCUCCCGAGGUCCUCGCCCAGAAACCCUACAGCAAAGCUGUCGACUGCUGGUCCAUUGGGGUGAUUGCCUAUAUCUUGCUCUGCGGCUACCCUCCUUUCUAUGAUGAAAAUGACUCCAAGCUCUUCGAGCAGAUUCUCAAGGCGGAAUAUGAGUUCGACUCCCCCUACUGGGACGACAUCUCCGACUCCGCAAAAGACUUCAUUCGGAACCUGAUGGAGAAAGAUCCAAAUAAAAGAUACACCUGCGAGCAGGCAGCUCGGCACCCGUGGAUCGCUGGUGACACAGCCCUCAGCAAAAACAUCCACGAGUCGGUCAGCGCCCAGAUCCGGAAGAACUUCGCCAAAAGCAAGUGGAGACAAGCGUUUAAUGCCACGGCUGUUGUGAGACAUAUGAGAAAACUGCAUCUUGGCAGCAGCCUGGACAGUUCAAAUGCAAGUGUUUCGAGCAGCCUCAGUCUGGCCAGCCAAAAAGAUUGUCUGGCACCCUCCACGCUCUGUAGUUUCAUGUCCUCUUCAUCAGGGGUCUCAGGAGUGGGAGCGGAUCGGAGACCGAGGCCCACCACUGUGACGACAGUGCACUCUGGAAGCAAGUGACCGGCCCUACAGGUGGGGCCCAGGGGGUGAGGCCAGGGGAGGGGGCCCCCGGGGGCCCCCAGCGCCACCAGCCACUCCAGAGCGAUCCCACCCUGCACGGUGCACCUCCCUGCACAGGACUGGAAGACAGAAGUUUUUUACGGCCAUAUUUUAUACUGCAAUUCUGAAGUGUUCAUUUCUCACAAACUGUACUGACUCAAGGGAGCUGAUUUAAUAGGAUCUGGUGCUGUACAUACGAAUCUCGCAAAGCUCUAACAGAACGGACUUUCUUAGUUCCUCUCCCUAAGCCCUGUCGUUUCCGAUCUUCUCAGUAGAGGUAACCGUCUAUGUUGUAUUUUUUCAUUCAUAACAAAAAAAGGUUUCAACUGGAUUAUUUAAGUAUCGGUAAA